UAAUUACCUUGUUCUGUAUCAACUCAUGCAUAUCGCGUCGUUGAAUUCGUUUAAACAUUCGUGUUGACUUUGUCUUGCAUUUGCUCGGUGUUAAUCACGGUUUGCUUCGAUUAGUAGCGUUCAAGAUGUUGUCCUGCAAACAACUACGUGUCUUUGUUUGUCUUGUCUUUUUGACACAAGUCAUUACAGGAGAAACCGAAACAAACACGACGACGGUAAAAAUGCCGUCUUACAAGGUUGAACAAGUCACCGUCGCCCCGUUGAACGUAUUGGGCGAAGGCCCUCAUUGGGACGCCGAUCGUCAAUGUCUCUACUGGAACGACAUCUACGGCGGAACCAUUCAUCGCUACGACGAGAAGGAAAACAAAGCUUAUCAAGCAACUGUCGAAGGAGAACCCGUCAUCGGCUUCAUCAUUCCCGUUUUCGGACAUCCCGAUCAAUUCAUCCUCGGAACCGGAACUCGUGUCAUUCGCAUUUCGUGGGACGGCAAAUCCCCAAAAGCCACGAAAAUCGGAAUUGUUGGCGAAGUAGAGCAGGAUCGCACGAAUACGCGUUUCAACGAUGCCAAAGUCGAUCCACGAGGACGUCUUUUUGCCGGCACGAUGCGCUUGGAGGAAUGCGGAGACAUUUUCGCGGCACGUUGGGGCACCUUCUAUCGCUAUACCAAAACCGACGGAUUCAAGGGACUCAAAACCCAUAUCGGGGUAUCGAAUGGUCUCACGUGGAACGAGAAAACGAACAAAUUUUAUUACAUCGAUUCGUGCGAUUUGGAUGUCAAGGAAUUCGAUUACGAGCCACGUACUGGAGAAAUUUCGAACGAACGUAAAGUUAUCAAUCUCGAUAACGGCGUUCGUCCUCCGCCAUUCGUCCCAGAUGGCAUGACGAGCGACACUGAAGGCAAUUUGUACGUGGCUACGUUCGGCGGAAGCAAAAUUUUGAAGAUUAAUCCAACAACUGGCAAAAUCAUCAUGGAAAUAAUGAUUCCGGCUGAACAAGUCACCUCAUGCGCCUUUGGAGGACCAAAUUUGGAUACGUUGUAUGUGACAACUGCCAAGAAGGAGUUCAAGAACAAACAACCACCACCAGCUGGAGGUUUGUUCAAAAUCACGGGACUCGGAGUUACCGGCGUAAAAAUGUAUUCCGUCUUGCUUGACUGAAAAAAAAAAUUUUUUUGUCACAAAUAAAAAUUUUUAAACAAGAAA